AUGGAUAAUGCAAAUCUUCACUCCUUAUAUUUUAUUGGUAAUCCUUAUACUUGGACAAAUAGAAGAUACGGGGAAGAACUCAUUUUAGAAAGGCGGGAUAUGAUAGCUUCGACAAUAGAUUGGAUGAAUAAUAACACUCCUGCUAUGGUGUAUCAUUUAGUCCCUAUGGAAAGUGAUCAUUGUCCAAUUCUUCUCUUAACUGCUAAAAAAGAGAGUGGUACUAGUAAACCAUUUAGGUUUAACAGAACUUGGCUUAGAGAUUCCACUUGUAAGGGUAUUAUCAAAAACAGUUGGCAAGUUUCUUAUGAUGGAUCUGCUGCUUUCAAACACUCUAAAAUAGAAGCUCAAAUUUCUAAUCUCCUUGCUAAUGGCCAUAAUAUGUCUUCUAAUGUUGUUCUUGAUCUUAAUAAAAAACUAACUUUUUGGUAUGAUGCAGAGGAAGAUUAUUGGAAACAGAGAGGUAAGGAAGAAUUCUUUAAAUUGGGUGAUAGGAAUACCAGAACUACUAGUCCUUCUAAUCCAGUUGAGUAUUUAGAUAAUAUCAUUCCUUGUAUUACCGAGGAAGAUAAUUCCAUGCUUACUAAAAUUCCUACUUCUGAAGAAAUUAAAGUUAUUGUUUUUAGUAUGCAGGCUUGGACAACUCCAGUUCCUGAUGGUUUCCCUCCAGGAUUCUAUCAACUAAUUACAGAUAACAUAGUGAUUACUCAUGAGCUUGUAGACACUAUGAAGAAAAUUAAGGCUCAAAAAGGGACACUUAGGAAGCUUGGUUUCUGUGAAGAUUGGUGUUGUAUGAUUGAACAAUGCUUAUCAACCGUGUCUACUUCAAUUAUGUUGAAUGGUUCUCCUGGAGAAGUUCUUAAACCUCAAAGAGGUUUGAGACAAGGAGACCCAUUGUCUCCUUAUCUAUUUAUUCUCUGUAUGGACUCAUUUUCUAGAGCCCUUUUAAAUGUUGAACACAGUGGCAGUAUACAUGGAAUGAAGAUGGCAUUCGGUCCUAAAGUUCCUAAUUCAGUUAAGAAUGGAAUCUCAAAUAUUUUACAUAUCAAGAAAAUGACUUUAAACGAUAAAUAUUUAGGUGUUCCUCUUCUUAUUCAGAAAAAUAAAAUGCAAACAUUUGGUGGGUUAUUAGAUAGAUAUGGAGAAAAUUUUCACACUUGGAAAUCCAAAUUUUUCAGUCAACCAGAAAGGACUAUUUUAGUUCAAACUGUUUUGGGAAAUACUGCUAACCAUCACCUUGCUGUUUUUCCUAUGCCUAAAAAGAUUACAUAUCAAAUGGAUUCCAUCCAAAGGAAGUUCUGGUGGAACAAAAAGAAAAAUGGCAGGGGAGGUUACCCAAGAAGAUGGGAUGAUGUGGCUAAGCCAAAGUGUCAAGGAGGAAUAAGUAUUAAAAAGAUUGAACUCAUGAAUAAAGCUUUGUUGACUAAGUUAGCUUGGAGAAUGGUUUCAUCUCCUGAUGAUCUGUGGUCACAGAUUCUAGAAGGUAAGUAUUUUAGUAAUACUAAUGCUCUUCAUGGGAAUUGUGCUAGUAAUGUCUCAUGGGUUUGGAAAGGGAUAUUUGAGGUUUUAGAAUGUGUAAGGAAAUAUAGUUGUUGGGAGAUAGCUAAUGGGGAGAAAAUUAACAUUUGGAAAGAUAGAUGGGUACCUACUUUAGAAGGGCUUGUAGAUUCUAUUUUCUCUUCCUCUAAUAUGUGCACUGUCAACCAACUUAUAGAUACUGAAACUUUAACUUGGAAAGUUCACAUUUUAGAGGCAUUGUUUAACCAUGAAACAGUUAGGGAAAUUUUAAAAAUUCGUAUCCGUUGUAGUGGUACUGACCCCUUAAGAUGGCUUCCUGACCAUAAUGGUUUAUUCACUGUCAAAUCAGCAUAUAAGGUUAUUCUUAAUGAGUAUCAUACUUAG